GGCGCAUGCGCGACCGUCUCGCCGGGUUGCUAGGUGGCGACAGUUCAGCGUGAGACGCGGGUAUUUUUCUGGUCACAUUUGGUAACCGUUUAUAACAGGAACACAAGUAUGGCGGAUCCCAGGACAAGGCAGAUCAAAAUCAAAACCGGUGUGGUGAAGCGGCUGGCAAAGGAAAAACGAAUGUAUGAAAUGGAAGCCAAGGAACAGGAAGAAAAAGUUGAGAGGAUGAAAGUUGAGGGAAAUGAUCAAUAUCUGGUUAAAAAGCAGAUGGAAAUUUUGCAAGAAUCACGUAUGAUGAUUCCAGACUGUCAACGGCGAUUGGCAACUGCCUAUGGCGACCUUACACAACUUCUGGAAAGCGAGAAAGAUUUGGAAGAAACUGAGGAAUACAAGGAAGCCCAGGCCACAAUAGGAUCAAUUAAAUUAGAAGCAUAGAACCUAUUUAACAAUGAUAAUCUCUUUUGUUUUUAAUACUUACAAUGUCCAUUCCAUUUCCCUCUUUAUUUUUGCUUUAGACAUUGUGAUCCUGUUAUUAUUAAGCUUGGGUUAUAUGCAUCAAUCCUGUGUAAUCAUUGUACAUGAGACCAAGUUUGUGCCACAUCAUGGUGAAAUAAUGAAACAUUAAAUAAAUGUACAUGCUGACAAUGAGUUGUCUUAUUUAUGUGUGCAUCUGACAUGUAAAUGCCUUUUUGCUAAGGGAUACUUUUCAUUCUGCUUAUGGGAUAAAGUGAAUAUAGAUGGAGAUCCAGCAACUUAAUGGUUGCAUUUCAGCAAAUGCUGUAUCAUUGGUCAAAGAUGUAUUGGUGAAAUAUACAAAUUUUAUCUUAAAAAAAAAUUAACUUACCUAAGACCAGAGGCAGCUUUGUUUGUUUCAAGUGAUUUAAUUGUUUUGCCAUCAAACCCACUUAGUGGGAUGAAUGCACCCUGUGAACCAUUAAUCUGAUCUCAACUUGAAGAGUGUAACUUUAUCUAGCCUCGUCUCCUGCUGCUUGGUUGUGUAAUACUGGCUAUGACAUAAAUUCAAAUACUGAAAACUGCUUGGUGACUUGCAUUGAAUCUUAUGAAUCUUUUCACCAGCCUUUUUAUAGGAUUAAAAAUAAGUGUCAUCAUGGUGGCACAUGGUACUUUAAACUUGUUGCAGCAGUACUAACAGCAUAGUAUUGACCAGUUGGUUUUGUGUGGUGUUAUACCAAUAUUGAUAUGUCAUAAGAUGAUGGCCAGCAACUUAUUUUGGUCUUUCUUUGCAUUAUAAUUUUGUUAUUAUGUAUCGCAAUGUGCUGCUGCUGCAAAACAACAAAUUUCAUGACCAUUGUCAUUGAUAUUAAGCCUAAUUCUGAUUCUGAUCAAACUAAAGUUUGAUUUGUAAUGAGGUUUGAGAGAUUUUCUGUUCUAUUACUCCUGUUUAAAAUCAUUUAGACUAAUUUUGUGUCUCACUGGUAGACCGGCAGUGGGCUUAACUACCUGGUAAAUAUUGUAAUCUGACAAAAUUGCUGAAUGUAGAAUAGGAAGACUACCCAAUCUGUUGAAAUUUUAAGCAUCCAGUGUACUGAGGUAUUAAACUUUAUAUUAUACUUUUUAAACAUUUUGUAAUUGAUAAUUAUAGUACCAAACAAGUUUGUAGAUAAAAUGCAAGGAACAAUUUAAAUAAGUCUCCAUGUAUUUCAGUGGAGUUAACUUCAACUCACUUGUGAGAUAGUGGUACAUCAUAGCAAAGCAUACUCCUUAUAUGAGCUAUAUUACACAUCGUAUUUCUCUUCUCUAUGGUGGAAAGGUCAGCUAAUUUCAGAUUUCUAUUUUUACCAUCUGCAUCACUCAACUCAGGCUGCAAAUUCAUUUUCUGUGGUUAUUUUCAAGAGUUUGAUUCUGCAUAGUUAAUGAGAAGAGGUCCAACAUUAUCUUACAUAUGUCAUAUGAAACACAUUGGAAAGCAAUGCUCAUGUCCAUCUUAUUUCAUAUUUGACCAUUAAAGGAUGGCCAUUGAUCUCUGGUGCCACCCUAUCUGUAUUUAAUGUUUUUUUUGUUAACAUUGAAAUAUUUUUUAUUGAUUUUCUUAGAAUAUAUUGUUUAAAAAAUACAAGAAACAAAUACUUUUCACUGUAUGCAAAGGCAUUUGUGUAAGGAUGACAUAAAUUAAACGAGCCUUAUUCCAAGAAUGUA